AUGACAGAUAAAAGUUCAACAUCUGGUGUGCAGAUUUUCUCUCUGACAGUCACAGAGGUGCAUCUGACAAUCAAGACGAAGCGGAGCUCCAAAACCAUCGAUGAGCAGAUCGGCGUCUCGGUCUUCCUCAGUAAGCCAUGUCUCCGUAAAGGCCAUGACACAAGUGUUCCUGAAGUCCUUUUGAAAGUGGACAUUUCCUUGAAGUUCAUCCACUUUAUUUCUCAGGGACUGAACAUUUCCCAUAAUCAUGACACAGGCAAGGGGAUCCUGUUUCGACUUCAACAAAUCAUCAUCCUCCCUGUCUCCACUACUACUGUCAUCAACACCAACAUUAAGAUGAACUCCAGCAUCACUGAAUCCUGGGUUUCUAUCAACACAUCCUUUUCGGUUUUGCCAAUAACAGCUACCAAGGCUAACAGCAGUGGAAUGGAAGCGUGUCUUCAUAAAUUGGCUCAUUUGGAUGAAGGACUCUACAAUGACUUUUAUGGCCUUUGGAUUACCUUAAUGGUUGUAAAUGUUCUCAUAUUCCUGGUGGGCAUGAUGCUCAACAUGCUAGCACUGUAUGUUUUUUGUUUCCGCACCAAGCAGAAGACCACCUCAGUGAUUUACACCAUCAACCUGGCGGUGACAGACCUGUUGGUUAAUCUCUCUCUACCAACUCGCAUCCUGCUCUACUACAGCGGAGGAGGUUGUCUAACUUGCUCCUACCUGCACAUCUUCAGCUACUUUGUCAACAUGUAUUGCAGCAUCUUGUUUCUGACCUGCAUAUGUGUUGAUCGUUACCUCGCCAUUGUGCAGGCGGAAGCAUCCCGUCGGUGGCGGAACUCCAGUGUGGCCAGAUGUGUGUGCGCUUCUGUCUGGUUCUUUGCCAUCGUGGUUACCUACUCCAUCCUCUCCACUGUUUUCCAGCAUACAGGCUGCUGUGUCUCAAAGCUUCUCUUUCUCACUAUCACUGAGUUCUUCCUACCCCUCGUCAUCAUUGUAGUCUUUACUUUGCGAAUUAUGUGGGCCCUUGCAGACCGUCGCCUGAUGCAGCAGAGCAGGGAGAGGAGGAGAAAAGCAGUGCAGCUACUGAGCACUGUGCUAAUUAUCUUCACUGUCUGCUUCACUCCCUUUCACAUCAGACAGGUGGUGGUGUACUUCUAUCCUGAUAUGCCCCAUCAUGUCAUAGUUUACCAUCUGACAGUCACUCUUAGCAGUCUGAACAGCUGCAUGGAUCCUGUGGUCUACUGCUUUGUUACAAAUAAUUUCCAGUCCACGAUGAAGAGUUUGUGCCACCGCGUGGAGCGGUUGCAGAGCAGCGGUGAGAUCAUCAGCAUGCAGCACAGCUCGAAGGCCUCCAGAGGGUCAGCCAACGCCGGCGCCAAUAAUGUGAUCAUGAUGACCACCAUUUCCACUUCACUACAAAGAGACAAUUUUGGGAAAAACCACAUGCUGUAAUUAUCCUUUUACACGGGGCGAGAAGAAGUCGCUUGGUGUGCGUCUGGGGAAAUACAGCUGAUAUUUGUGGACUCGGCGACAGAUGAGCAGCGAUAACAGCAUCAGCACGUUGCACGAGCGCACAAGACUGAGAGUCAGCUGUCACAGAUUUAAUAAUGAGGAUCAGCUAAUGCAGAAGAAAUCGGACAUCAUACAAUACUUCUUCAGAGUCCUGAGAGCUUUGAUUAACUACUUCAGUGAAGUACAAGAGUGAUGAGGGACAAUGGAGUUUGCCACUUAAUGAGAUCACCAGGCCAAGAAGCCUUUGCUGUUCUUCCACCUCAUCUUUCUCCAUAUAUUGACUUUGUCUCUCAUUAUUUCCACAGACUGUAUUCCAUUUCCCCGGUAGUAUCUGUUACUAUGGUGGCCGAUAGGGGUCACAACACUUCCAACUUCAGACAGCACUUAUAAACACAAAAAGUACCUGCAGCAA